AUGGCUAAAGAUUUAUUCGCAGUUUUACGACAGAAUAAUGAAUUACCAAAUCUUCCACCAGAAACAGAGGAAUCAAUUGAAGCGGAGAGUAAUCCUCAGAUGGCUAGCUUUUUCAAUGAAAUUGAAUGGAUUCGUAGAGAGAUUGAAAAGACACGGAUAGAAAUUGGUCAGGUUAAAACAAAGCAUGGUGAAAUUUUGUCAGCAACUCAACAAAAUCCCAAAACUAAAGCACAAUUAGAAGAGCUUAAUGAGAACAUUAAAAGAUCAGUUGGUGAAAUUCGAGCUAAACUGUUAGCACUGAAACGUACAAUCGAAGUACAAGAGACUAAAGAUGCUGCAUCAGCUGAUCUACGUAUUCGUAAAACUCAGUUUCUCGCCUUAUCUCAAAGUAUGGCUAAUACUAUGCAUCAGUAUGGUCUUAUACAGAUUGAACAUAAAGAACGUUGUAAAGCUUUAUUGAAACGACAAUUAGAAGUUGCUCAACGAUCAGUUACGGAUGAAGAGUUGGAGAAUAUGCUUGAAUCUGGGAAUCCACAAAUUUUCACUCAGGGUAUUCUAACUGAUACACAACAAGCUCGUCAAAAUCUAGCCGAUAUUGAAGCACGUCAUGAAGAUAUUAUGAAAUUAGAGAAAAGUAUUCGUGAAUUACACGAUCUGUUUGUAGAUAUGGCUGCAUUAGUUGAAACACAAGGUGAACUUAUUGAUCGAAUCGAUGUUAAUGUCAAACAAACACAAGAUUAUGUUGCAGAAGCUCGGCAAGAAACUAAAAAGGCAGUUGUAUACAAGAAGAAAUCACGAAAAAAAAUGUUUAUUUUAAUCGGAAUAGGAUGUGGUAUUCUUUUAAUCAUAUUAAUUAUUAUACUAUCGACAGUAAUUCCAAGAAUCAAGUAAUUAUGAUGUAUUGUGUUGUUCAAUUGUAUGUAAUAGAAAUCGAUGACUAAUAAAUAAGAAUUAUAUUGUUUCUAUGCAGAUGAUGAGAUAUAGUUUUUUUGUACGAAACAAUUAGUGUUUAUUUAAUUAUUAGUUGGUCAAUUUGUCAAUAAUUUUGAUGAUGGUAUUUUCAAAUUUUUUUUAAUGAACGCGCUUUGUAUGUUCAAAUUUCAAUCUCUAUGAUGAUUUUAUUUUAUAAUAACCCUUUACUUGUAAACAAGUAAGUACAAGUAAACAAAAGUUUUGUAAAACAUGAGAUUAUGAUUUAAUUGAUCAUAUGAACAAAAUUGUAAUAUUAUAUGGGUUAAGAAGUAAUAUGAAUAUGCGUGUAUAUAGAAAUAUACAUGUACAAAGAGAAAAAGAG